GGCUUUCAUAUUACUCUCCCAACUGUACCUGGCCUUUCCACUGAUAAUGUUUCUGACAAUGUUCGCUGACAAUUUAGUAAAUGAUUACAAAUGGUGUACGACCUCCGUGGAUGCCGUCUGUGUCGACUAAAUAUUAAUAAGAAUACUUAAUUGCAUUUUAUGUAUUUCACUGUAAUAAAAUCUUUAUAAACAUAGCAGUUUAUGCUUUUAAGCCUUUAAAAUAAAACAUUUGUAGAGCAGAAGCCACACGAAUAGUUUUAGCAAAAUGCAAGCUGGGGAAGUUGAGCCAAAGCGCACCCAGCGCUAUGUGGAUGAAGUCUAUCGCUUAGUGCUUGAGAAACCUGGCGUUGAGGAGGUGCUCAUAAUGAAUCGUUCAGGUGUGCCCGUCAAGACUUCAAUGGCACGCCAGGAUGCACUGCAGCAUGCCUGUCUCUAUGACAAUUUACGUGAAAAGACUCAGGCAUUUCUACAAAGAAUGGAGCCGCCACAAAAUCUAUGCAUGUUGCGUGUACGCACCAGAAUGCACGAGGUAAUCAUAACACCCGAUGCUAAAAUAACCAUUUUGGUCGUGCAAAAUGCAAAAGACACAUAUUUACGCCAUCCGCAAGACGAUUGAGAAGCCGACAAGCUACAAUACAUUGUUCUUGUUCACGAUUAACCAAUAAAUUCAAAAGCCUCUGCCCGAAUAUUGCAGUAACAAAAA